CCCUGUUGAUUUGGACAUAUAUACACGAAUCAGUGAUUUUUAAUUGUAAUUGAUUUUAUCUGCGUUUUUAAUGGACGUUCUACUUCCAUGAAAGGCCAUCAUUCGGAUAUUAAUGGAAUAUCUGAUGUUUACAAGUUAAUAUUUGAGUGGAAACGUGAUUAAUUUUAGCGGUGUAUUGAGUGGUUCCCGUUACUGCUGGAGUAUAUAUUAAAUAUAAAGCGCCAUCAACUCGUUUAAACAUAAUCUCUUGUAUACGGCUUCUACAAGUGAUAGAACCAACGAUGGACAUCUUUGGAUUAUUUUUGACAUUUCUUAUACUAACAACACAAAACAUAAGACCUGUUUCCUGCGCGGCGAACAAAAGUUCGGCUCAUUUACUACACGACACUUUGAUGAAAAUUGAUGACUACAACAAAAAGAUUCGUCCGGUUCUUGACGUCACGAAACCAACAGUUAUUAACGUAAGUCUCGCACUUCUAAGUCUCGUGGAAUUCAACGAAGUUGUGGAGAGGCUGACUGUAACCGGAAAAUUGAAGAUUUCGUGGACUGAUGACUAUCUAAUGUGGGACCCGCGCGCGUUCGGCGGCGUGACUUCAAUCAGCAUCCCGCAGGACGACAUCUGGCGACCGGACCUCGCCCUGGAGAACUCAAUCACAAAGUUCCGGGAUCUAGGCGCUCCCUCCAUGUUUAUCCGCGUAACGCAUGAUGGCACGUGCCUUUGGAAGCCCAUGGAAGUGUUCCAAUCCACGUGCUCCGCGAACGUUGUGCAUUACCCAUACGACAUGCACACGUGUUGCCUGACGUUCGAGUCCUGGACCCACUCGGACGGUGAGCUGCAAUUGAUUAACACGCUUCAGGAAAUAGACCUUCAAGAGUACGAGGGACAGCCGCAGUGGACAGUGAUAUACACCAAGGCAGAGAGAAUGGUUCUUGGCAAAGAUGAAUAUGUGGUUUUCUGCCUUUCACUAAAACGACAAGCGUUGCAGAUAAUGUUGAACGUGAUACUUCCUAUAGCUUUACUUUCAUUCCUUAGUAGCUGUGUGUUUAUACUUCCAGCUUCGUGUGGAGAAAAGGCCUCGUUUUCUGUGACGGUUUUCCUAUCUCUCUGCGUGUUUCUCACCAUUGUGAGCGAGCAACUUCCAAAAACCGCUGACAAGUUGUCAAUAUUUAACGUUUACGUAUUCACGCAGGUGAUCAUAGCGACGUUGGUCACCCUUUCAACGCUCAUUCAAAUACGCCUUUACCACCGUGACGACCACCGCAAGGUGCACUCUUGGUUCCAAUGCUUAUUCAUUCGCCGACCAGCAACACCCAACACAAAUAUGGUAGAAGAUUUUAAACCCUAUGCGCAUAGUGAUUCAACGGAAGACAUUGCAGACAUGGACGCCGACAGCGUAAAGAACUGUCCGCACGAGCAUGUUACGUGGCGGGAAGUUGCGCGGCGCCUCGAUCCAGUGCUCUUCGUGACAUACACGAGCGCAAACGUUGGCAUUAGCUUAGCCCUCAUAGUUUGGUCGAUCGCGGCACCACGAGGCUAAUGUGACUUUUUGGACAAAUAAAUGAACUUGUAAACAUAUGAAGCUAUAUUUACGCAUGGAUCGUCACACCAAUGGACUGUAUGAGAGCAGAGCAGAACAUAAUUUUUAUUUGACUUAAACUCAUCGUCACAACGUUAUGUAUAGAAACAACUACAAUAUAUAUUUGUAUAAAACACGACGUCAUCAAACGUCUUAGAAAUGUGUUUGUUUUCAUUUUCGAAAAAAAAACCCAAAUCAUAUUCAUUUACUUAAUCAAAUAUAUUUUAUUUCAGUGAAGCUUAUUUGAUAUUUUGCAUACUUAAAACAGAGAUGUAGCAAAUUGAAUAAAAGUGGAUUUUAUUAUCUGGUUCCGCAAAAGCUAGCCGAAAAAUGUAUUGAUUGGUCAAAAUUAUUCCAUUAACGACUAUUAUCCAACCAAAUUAUUUUAGUGUGGAAACAAACCGAAUGAUAAACUGUGGAAAACUACCGGUUAUGAACCAAUUGGGUGCUGAAGUUAACUUUUCCGGAAGAAAUAUCCGAUAUGUCUUAUCACAAUUCAGGGAAAAUAUCACGAAGAACUGUAGUGUGUCAUAUAUCUCAAUAUUCGUAAUGGUACAGCAUGUGAUAGAAUUAGAAGAUACUUGUACUAUUGUUUCAUAUAAUGAAACUAACUGUAUAUAUAUGUUAAACUCCCGCAUUGGCAUGGUCCAACAGACAGGUGUGAUUCCAAAAACAGGCAGGUUUAAA